CUGAGUUUGUUGUCAUUCCCACACCGAGUAGAGUACUUGCUGCUUUUGUGGUUAGGCUUCCCUGCCGUGGUUGUGGUGUUUUGUUUUUUCUCUUUCUUUCCUAUAUAUAUAUUUUAUUGUUGCUACAAUGGUGUCUAUAAUCUCUGACUUGGAUCCUCUGAAAAGCUGGAAAGUUUUAAGAGAGACUGCCACAGAGUUAUCUGGAACAUUACCAAGUAACGGCACAGCUAACAAGAUGAAUGGAGCUUUGGAUCAUUCAGACCAACCAGACCCAGAUGCCAUUAAGAUGUUUGUUGGACAGAUUCCCCGUUCAUGGUCGGAAAAAGAGUUAAAAGAACUUUUUGAGCCUUAUGGAGCUGUCUACCAGAUUAAUGUUCUCCGAGACAGAAGUCAGAACCCUCCCCAAAGUAAAGGUUGUUGUUUCGUAACAUUUUAUACAAGAAAAGCUGCUCUUGAGGCACAGAAUGCACUGCACAAUAUUAAAACUUUACCUGGGAUGCAUCAUCCUAUUCAGAUGAAACCCGCAGACAGUGAAAAGUCAAAUGCUGUGGAAGACAGAAAAUUGUUCAUAGGAAUGGUUUCGAAGAAGUGUAAUGAGAAUGAUAUCAGGGUGAUGUUUUCUCCGUUUGGCCAGAUAGAAGAAUGCCGAAUCCUUCGGGGACCGGACGGGCUGAGCAGAGGCUGUGCGUUUGUCACAUUUUCUACAAGGGCAAUGGCACAGAAUGCAAUCAAAGCCAUGCACCAGUCUCAGACCAUGGAGGGCUGCUCUUCGCCAAUCGUGGUGAAGUUUGCCGAUACCCAAAAGGACAAGGAGCAGCGGCGUUUGCAGCAGCAGUUGGCACAGCAGAUGCAACAGCUCAAUACUGCCACUUGGGGAAACCUCACAGGUCUUGGAGGACUCACACCACAGUAUCUAGCUCUUCUGCAGCAAGCAACUUCCUCCAGUAACUUGGGUGCCUUCAGCGGCAUUCAGCAAAUGGCCGGCAUGAACGCUUUACAAUUACAGAAUUUGGCAACUUUAGCAGCCGCAGCAGCCGCCGCCCAAACCUCAGCUACCACCACCAAUGCAAAUCCUCUCUCCACAACGACUGGUGCUCUGGGAGCCCUCACAAGUCCCGUGGCUGCAUCAACUGCUAAUUCCACAGCUGGUGCGGCCAUGAAUUCUUUGACUUCUCUGGGUACUCUCCAAGGAUUGGCUGGAGCCACUGUUGGACUGAAUAAUAUUAAUGCACUAGCAGGUAUGGCGGCCCUGAACGGAGGACUCGGCGCAACAGGCUUGACGAAUGGUACGGCCGGUACGAUGGACGCACUCACCCAGGCCUACUCAGGGAUCCAGCAGUACGCUGCCGCCGCGCUGCCCACCCUGUACAGCCAGAGCUUGUUGCAGCAGCAAAGCGCUGCGGGCAGCCAGAAGGAAGGUCCGGAAGGGGCAAACCUCUUUAUUUACCAUCUCCCCCAGGAGUUUGGAGACCAGGACAUUCUGCAGAUGUUCAUGCCUUUUGGAAAUGUUAUCUCUGCUAAAGUCUUCAUUGACAAACAGACCAAUCUGAGCAAGUGCUUUGGUUUUGUUAGCUAUGACAAUCCAGUCUCUGCACAAGCUGCUAUCCAGGCUAUGAACGGCUUUCAGAUUGGCAUGAAACGCUUGAAGGUUCAGCUGAAACGCUCCAAAAAUGACAGCAAACCUUACUGAUCUUAACCCCAGAUGCUUACUGCUCUUAUUUUAGCUUUCUUAGGGUAAGUCCCAUGAGCAAACCUGUCCUCUGCAGGGGGGUUAAGAAAGAACAUAGAGCCAACCUUCACCAAGAGACAGUUAUUUUUACAGUUACCACUUCCAUUUCCCCACUUGUCCUUAUUACACUUGGCUCCCAGUUCCUUGCCAAGUAAUUACUGAGUUGUGUUACUGUAUUUUGUUUUGCAGCAUAAUUUAUCUCCUUUUUGAAACAAAAAUAAACAUCUUGAAAUUCAAAGCAACACACACACACACAAUGUGCAAUUUAACUCUGUGAACCCUGGUGCCAUUAGCACACAAUAAAAGUUGUUUUCUAUGGAUGGAUUGUAUUUUACCAGGGUGGCACCAGCAGUUUAUAGGUUAAACAAAAUGGCCUCAUGCCAGUUGAAGCACUUAUUUUGCAACAAAAAUUGAAACAAGUCUUUCCACUACAUCAACUUUUUUUUUUAAUUUAUUUUUAAUAGAUUUGAUUUUUUUUUGGUUCAAAUCAACGUCUUGUAUAUUAGUCUGAUUUUACACUGGUCGUCUUUAUAUUUCACUUUUUUUUAAGUUCUUGUUUUUUUGGAAAGGAUUAAUGUAAAAAAGAUUUAGAGAUCUGUUUCUAAAGCUACAGGGUUUAAAAUAAAAAAAAUAAAAUGAGUGACAAUACUUGAUGUUUCUUGAGAGAUAAAUUUAAUAAUAAUAAAAAAAGAAAGCCACAGGCCUGUAAAUUUUAUUUGUAAAAAGCAUUUCUAUUUUUAUACAAAAUUUUUACUGCCUCAGAAAUAAUGGAAUUUAUUUAUUGCCUAUUGUUAACUUAUUGGAUACCUAAAGAGCAGCUCUCUAUGCUAGCUAGAUCCUUUGAAGUAGCCUCUAGAGUAAUUGUGCCAAGAAUGGGCACUUUUUCACUGUCGAACCCUACACCCUUUACAGUUCAUGCUUUUAUCCUCUUGUUUGUAUUUGUCUGGUUAUUUUGUUCGUAGUUUCCAUUACCUAGUUUAAAGUUCAGUUGUCUGGCCUUCCUCCUUCCCCGCCCCCCAUCCCUUUCUGUUACAUUUGUAGAAACUGGUUCUUUCCUCUCUUUCCUCCCCAAAGAGGAAUCCAUUCUCUCUGACUUCUUUCAGAUGGAUCCUUUUGGGGUUCCAUUGUGCUCUUGUUGACAAGUAUUGUAAGUUAAUGCAAAUUAUGUGAACGGCUCAUAGACUCUACUGAUAAAAGAUUUGCAUUAGUUUUCUCCUGCACCCAUAAAAGUGAUUUUGUUUGUGCUGCAUAGAUUCUGUGUAACUUUUUUUCCUCUUCCUUGUUUUUUCCCUAGACAUCUCCAUGCCCGUUAGCCCAUCGUUUGCCUAGCAUGUCCCUGUGGCGUCUCAAAAAAAAAAAAAAAGUUUCAUCGUCCCGUCAUUGUUUCUGAUGUCUUUCUGACCUCACAUCAUAUUUGGUUCUCCUACUGACCUUUGAUCUAGUUUGACCUUUGAAAUUUGCAUGUGACCUCAUCUAGCUAUGAAUUCUGGGAAGUCAAUGUGAAAAAACAUUGCUGCAUUCAUGCAAGACUGAAAUUUAUUAUUAGAUAAAUUAAUGAUAGGAUUUAAAAACAACCUGUGGCAAAAUGUUUUUUCUUUCUUUCCUUUUUUAGUUUUCUUUUUUCUUUGGGUUUUUUUGUUUGGGUUUUUUGGUUUGGUUUGUUUUUUUGUUUUUUGGUUGUUGGUUUGUUUUUUUUUUCAUUUCGUAAAAAAAAAAAUAAAAAAAAAACAGACUUGAAAGUAUUAUACAGGGAUUGGCAUUCUGCCUGGUCACUGGUGACAAUAGCAAUAUGUGUCCAGAGGCACAGAAUGUUGGUUUCUAACAGACUACUUCCAAAACAGUUUGAGAAAUAAAACUGUCUGAUUUUAAGUCUCUAGAGGUCUGUAAUAGUUUUUACAUUUUUCAGGCAGUGUAAAGUUUUUUGAUAAGGCCAUUUUAGGUGGCUCACUUUCUCAUUAAAGUAUAUAUAUAGAACCACUUUUUGUAGAUUAGUAUAAGAAAAUAUUUACCCUGUUUUAGGGCAAAUGCUACCUACUUGUGUCACCUUUUGCUGAACUGACUCACAGUUAGACAAUCCAUGGUUUAAUGCACAUGAAAUUACCUAUAUUUUAUACUGUUUCAAUGUACAGAAGAAAGGUUACUGUAAAAUGUGUUACGUUGGUGCUUCUGUGAAUUAAGUUGUGGUUUCAUCAUGAGUCUUAUGGUCUUAAGUGUUCUAUGUUUAUAAAAGACGAGUUUAAAAUUGGUUUACUUGAACAACAAGAACAAAAACAAGAUUCAAAAAAAAAACAAAAAAAAGUUGUUUGCUUAAAAAAAAAAAAAAGAAUUUCAUGUGAAAAAUGAAAAAAUAUUCCAGAAUAAGUUUGUGUUGGCUUGUGACGCAUUGAUGUCAUUUUUUUAUUGUGAACAAUUUAGAUGUGUUUGUGUUCAGCAAAAUGUGAUCGGUUUUUCUUUUAAAGAAAAAAAAAAAUCAGUGAAACUAUAGUGCCAAAUUCCAAAGGUACUUUCUUCCUAGAGCUUCAGUGUGUUUCUUGUGUGAAGUAAUUUGAUAACAUGGGUAUUUUAUUAUGUGUUUUGUAUAAAUCCCUAAUAUUUAAAGAAAAAAGAGGUUAAAAAGUUUGUUAACUUGCUAUCCUGUGGUCUUGUUGCCUGAAAUUGUUAUUGUUUGUUAUUUCUCUUUGAUGUUUUUUGUAAAACAUUGUAUAAGUGCCCAUGUUUCACUUUUUUAACCACUCUGCACACAUCAAUGCUGUGAAAGCAAACCUCACUAUGUAUUUUCUUCAUAUUGUAUGGAAACCUCUAAGGUGAGAAAGUUUUGAACUUUUAACCCUUUCCACCCAGAGCUGUCUUGAGUGUUAAUACCUUUUAUACAUUCACCAUUUUGCUGUUUAUUUUUAUAUAUAUAUCUAUAUCUAUAAAUAUAUAUAUACUUAGUUUUUUGUGGUUUAUUUAAUACAUGGUUGAAAUCAGAACAAUGCACAGGGCAGAUCUGAAGGACAAAAAUAUUUUACUGCUGUCUAAAUUUCUUCUGUAUCUAUAACUAAAAUUAUUUAAAACCGUAAUUAACUUGUGGGUUUUCAUUUUUAGAUUUUGGGGAUUUUGUCUUUCUUAAAGAGCUUUUAAUAUGCUGCUGGAAUAUGCUAUUCAGUAUUAAUAAAACAAAAGAAAAAGAAAACAAUUCUUUAAUUAUCUAUUGUGUGAGCCACUCCCAGACAGGAGUGGUAAAUCCACCAUUUGAAAACCUUGAGGAGAAAAAAAAAUAUUUUUGUAAUUUAAAUAAAUGAACUUUUGCUUAAAUCAGAUGCACUAGAUCUUCCUGGGUGAAAAUUCAGUGUGCACUGCAGUUAAACUACUUUUUAUGGAUAAAGUUUACAUACACUGUAAUGUUUGGUGUUAUCUGCCAUUAUUUGUGACGGCAAUAUAUUGGCUUACUCCUGCAGACACUUGUACAGAGAGGAGUAACUUUACUCAUACACGUAGUCCAUGGGAAUAUAUAUGUGACUGAUGUGGGUGUUUGCUGGAGGAAGCUCUGUGUAAGGAACCAGAAAAGAGAUGCUGGUAGCCCUUUUCACUGCCUUGUAAGUCUGAUUAGAUUGCAUUUCUACCGCACAAGUAGUGAUCAACAAUCAAAUUCGGUUCUUUGCUACCGGUGUAGAGAAUUCAUUGCCAAUCCAAUGUGUGUGAGCAGCAGUACCUGCGACUGAUGAUAAAGUGCCAUACCUUCUUCCACUUUCUAUUUCUAGCUGAUUAUAUUCGAAGCCGCCUAAAAUUAAAAACAAAGCCCUAUAUGAACAACAUCAGCUGGUGCACUCUUGUCUCUCAUCCCCAACUUAAAUGCUUCUUUAUGUAGAGCCCUGGGAUGGAAAGGACUAGCCUCUAGUGAUGCAAAAAAGUUUCCUUCUUAUAGCACAUGCACUUAUAAAUAAAUGAUCUAUACUUUUCUCACAUGUUUUUACUACUGCUGGGGCCUUCCUACACCCUUUGAGGGCUAUUUUGUACUACUUGCAGCAAUUUUGCAUAUUCAAAGUAUCAUCUCACGUACGUUAUAUUAUAUAUAUGUGCAUCUAUAUAUAUAAUAUGAGAUCAUCAUUUGGAUUGUUUAGACUGUUUCACUAAUUUUUCUCAUUGUUCCCACCGUAUAAAUUUCCAAAGCUUUUUUAGAUGCCCUAGUGUGUCCUGCGGGUUUACCAGUCUGGUUAGUGGGAGUGCUGAUGCCUUUGGUCCUCAGGCAGUGUAACUCGGCAUCAGGCUGCCCCGAAUUACGCUACACAGGACCUUGGUUUAGCCGUGGGAAAGGAGGAAUGUUUCUGUACUUCCAGGCAACUGAGAUGGGUCAUUGCUGAGAAAACUGUCUAUCUUGAGGAAAAAAAAAAUUAAAACCAAAAUGAAAAUCAAGUAAAAAACCAAAAAAUCCAAACAUACACCUCCUUGGAGACAAAUUAUCUACCAGUUCUCUUUCAAAAUACUGAAAGGAAAAAGCUGCAAGGGUGCAAGGGCCUAAUAAGAGAGGAAGAAAAACAAGGGAAAUUGCUUUACAAAAUUCUAAUCAAAAGACUAGACUAGUUGUUUUUUCAAACAAAUUAGCUAAUUGCAAUGAAAUGGCAGUCCUCAAAGGAGUAACAAGUUCAUCUUUCUUUCACCAUAGGGGUUACAGUUCCUUGGCUUGUGCUACUCUGGAAUCAUUUUACUGUUUCUGUUUUUAUUAUCUUAAGUGCUAAUUAACAAAAGGAAAAAAAUAUCCUGUAGUUUCAUUACCUUUUUGGAUAAUGUCAUACAAAAAAAAAAAAAAAAACCAAAAAAAACCCGAACCUAUGUAUUUGUGUUUUUUUUGUGCUGUGAGAAUUGUUGUUUGUAGAUUAAUAAUACUAUCAUUUUGUUUAGAAUUACAAACUAGUUUUUAAGUAUUGUCUGAGAAAAGCCAAAGUUAAUGCAAUCUAGUGGAAACUGUAAGACCAUUUGAGUAUUGUUUCUGUUUUAUUGAUGCAUUUGGAUUUUGUUGUUUGAUGGAAUUUGAGCCAAAAAAAAAAAAAAGAACAAAAAAAGGCAAAAAAAAAAAGCAGGCUUUCCUAUUUCUACAACUUGAUUGUACUUACGCAUUUUGUACCAGUGGAACUUUUUAUACUGGAGAUUAAAAAAACAAAUGGAAAUUUUUGUGGCUUACUCUCGUGGGCCCCCUCGAUCAUGACUGAUUUUCAAGUUUGAUUUCUGGACGGUAGAAAGAGAGUUGGUUUUGUUUAGAGAAUUCAAAACUUUGGCUUGAUUUCUUUUUUUCCCUUUGCUUAUAUCUAGUGUUUAGAAUUUUGUCUUAACAAAAGCGGUAAGUUUCACUUUUUAUUCUGUAUCGUGCAGUUACACAAUAAGGUAAUUAGAAUUAGGAGUACUCGGUCACUUUGCGUGGAUAAAUGUAUUAGUUAAAACGUUAGGGGUUUGCUUUUUUGCUGUUUAGAUCAGAGUUUUUUCUGAUUCUUCUGUCCUCAUUGUGAACAUAACCGUGUAGUUGAAACAGUCAGACUUAUUUUUGUAACGUAUGUUAUUGUGUGAUGCAGUUUUUUGCUUCUGUCUCCAAUAUUAAACCAUUUUCCUAAUA